AACCUUCUGAAUGGACGCCUUUGAGACCAGCAGGCCCCAAAGUAUAAAAAGAGAGGAGCCGGUUGGUGUCUUUGCAGAACGAGUGACCGACUGUCCACCAGAACACUAAGGACUAUCCUCAGCAGAGCCUAGAGUCGGAGGCUUUUCUCAAGUGAUUCAUUCCAACUGAAAAGAUGCCAGAGGCCCAGAACAUCAUGGCAGAGGAGGUGGAAACCUUUGCCUUCCAGGCAGAGAUUGCCCAGCUGAUGUCCCUGAUCAUCAACACUUUCUACUCCAACAAAGAAAUCUUCCUCAGGGAGUUAAUCUCCAACUCCUCAGAUGCCUUGGACAAGAUCAGAUACGAAAGCUUGACAGACCCCAGCAAACUUGAAUCAUGCAAGGAUCUGAAAAUUGACGUCAUCCCUGAUCAGCAUGCAAAGACCCUCACCCUCAUCGACACUGGCAUCGGCAUGACCAAGGCCGACCUCAUCAACAACCUGGGUACCAUCGCCAAGUCUGGCACCAAGGCCUUCAUGGAGGCUCUGCAGGCUGGAGCCGACAUCUCCAUGAUCGGGCAGUUUGGUGUGGGUUUCUACUCCGCUUACCUGGUGGCAGAGAGGGUGACGGUCAUCACCAAACACAACGACGACGAGCAGUACAUUUGGGAAUCUGCUGCUGGUGGCUCUUUCACAGUGAAGACAGAUCCUGGUGAGUCCAUUGGCCGUGGCACCAAAGUCAUUCUUCACCUGAAAGAGGACCAGACAGAAUACACUGAGGAGAAACGUGUCAAGGAGAUUGUGAAGAAGCACUCCCAGUUCAUUGGCUACCCAAUCACUCUCUAUAUUGAGAAAACGAGAGAGAAAGAGGUUGACCUUGAGGAAGGCGAGAAGAUUGAGGAGGUGGACGCAGCAGAGGACAAAGACAAGCCUCAGAUUGAGGACAUCGGAGCUGAUGAAGACGAGGACACCAAGGAAAGCAAGAACAAGAGGAUGAAGAAGGUGAAGGAGAAGUACACCGAUGUCCAAGAGCUCAACAAGACCAAACCCAUCUGGACUCGUAACCCAGACGACAUCAGCGUCGAUGAGUACGGAGAGUUCUACAAAAGUCUGACCAACGACUGGGAGGACCACCUGGCUGUCAAGCACUUCUCAGUGGAAGGACAGCUGGAGUUCAGGGCCCUGCUCUUUGCACCUAGAAGAGCUGCCUUUGACCUCUUUGAGAACAAGAAAAAGAAGAACAACAUCAAGCUCUAUGUACGCAGAGUUUUCAUCAUGGAUAACUGUGACGAGCUGAUUCCAGAGUAUCUGAACUUCAUCAAAGGUGUGGUGGACUCUGAGGAUCUUCCCCUGAACAUCUCCAGGGAGAUGCUUCAGCAGAGCAAGAUCCUGAAGGUCAUCCGCAAGAACCUGGUCAAGAAGUGCCUGGACCUCUUCACCGAAAUCUCUGAGGACAAGGAAAACUACAAGAAGUUCUACGAGCAGUUCUCCAAGAACAUCAAGCUGGGUAUCCACGAGGACUCACAGAACAGGAAGAAGCUGUCAGACAUGCUGCGCUACUUCACCUCGAACUCUGCUGAUGAGAUGGUGUCCCUCAAGGACUACGUCUCACGCAUGAAGGAAAACCAGAAGCACAUUUACUACAUUACUGGUGAGACCAAGGAACAGGUGGCCAACUCGGCCUUUGUGGAGCGCCUGCGUAAAGCUGGCCUGGAGGUCAUCUACAUGAUUGAGCCCAUUGAUGAAUACUGCGUCCAGCAGCUGAAGGAGUAUGAUGGCAAGAACCUGGUGUCUGUGACCAAGGAGGGCCUGGAGCUGCCCGAGGACGAUGAGGAGAAGAAGAAACAGGACGAGCUGAAGACCAAAUUUGAGAACCUGUGCAAGAUCAUGAAAGACAUCCUGGAUAAAAAAAUCGAGAAGGUUUCUGUGUCCAACCGUCUGGUGUCCUCCCCCUGCUGCAUUGUGACCAGCACGUACGGCUGGACAGCCAACAUGGAGAGGAUCAUGAAGUCUCAGGCCCUGAGAGACAACGCCACCAUGGGCUACAUGACAGCUAAGAAGCACCUGGAGAUCAACCCCAUGCAUCCCAUCGUCGAGACCCUCCGGGUGAAGGCCGAGGCCGACAAGAACGACAAAGCAGUAAAGGACCUGGUGAUCCUGCUGUUCGAAACAGCCCUGCUCUCCUCCGGUUUCACACUGGAGGACCCUCAGACACAUGCAAACCGCAUCUACAGGAUGAUCAAGCUUGGUCUUGGUAUUGAUGAUGACGAAGCCAUUGGUGAUGACUUGCCUCAGGCAAGCGAGGAAGACAUGCCUGUUCUGGAGGGUGAUGACGAGGACACCUCCAGAAUGGAGGAAGUUGACUAAGACAAUUGUGAAUGGCUUUUUUUUUUUCAAUUGUGAAUUAUUUUUUAUUUAUUUUUUUAAGGUUUGCUUUGGCAAGCACAAUGUACGUAUAUUUCACAGGACUGUCAUUACGUAUUUUUUGUCCAAAUAGAAUUUAGGUAGCUAUUCAUCAUUAAGGCAUAGGCCUACCAUAUAAUCUGAGGUCCACUUAACAUGAUUUGUUUUUCUUUUAUUUUCAUGUUUUUUUUUACAUAUCAUGUUUCGUAAUUCAUGUUUUUUAUCAAAGAAACUGAGAUUUAUAAUAAAGUAUAUGCUCUGCAUUGUA